CAUCAACAGAACCAUGAUUGCUGUCGGUGACAAGCUGCCAGACGUCACACUCCAUGAGUACGUGCCGGUCGACGGCACGUGUGCUUUUGGGCCGGACGCAUUCAACGCGCUGGAGGCCGCGACCGGCAAGACCAUCGUCGUGUUUGGCUUGCCCGGCGCCUUCACGCCCACAUGUACGUCCGAGCACGUCCCUAGCUACUUGGCGCAUGCAAACGAGCUCAAGGCGGCGGGUGUCGAUGAGAUCUGGUGCACGAGCACGAACGAUGCAUUCGUGCUUGGCGCGUGGGGCAAGGAGCUCGGGACGACCGGCAAGAUCCGCAUGGUCGCGGACGGCGAUGCCUCGUUCAUGAAGGCCACGGGUCUCGAGCUCGAUUUUACGGGCAAAGGCUUUGGUGUGCGCAGCGCCCGCUACUCGAUGCUCGUCAAGAACGGCGUCGUGACGACACUCAACCUCGAAGAUGGCGCGACGUACAAGGUGAGCGGUGCAGACACAAUCCUUGCACAGCUCCGGGCCUAGUCUCUACUGCAAAUAGCGCACUCCUAAUACUGGCAGGUGCGAGCCUCGGUGCGUUCGUGAAUACUGUAGUCUCUAGGGUGCAUCUAGCCUUGGGCCGGCCGCGGUAUUGGAGUGCGUUGUCGACGUGAUCAUUGCCGUUCGUACGUUGAAUGCUGCUAAACGACACGCUAUACCCGCAGUGGAGGGCCUGACGCACCCAAGAGGGCGGCGCCCGACAACGUAGUUACCGGAUGCUGCACGCCUUUGCGCCUCAAGCGUUGGGCUAUGUCUUUACUGGCGGACUUGCUUCUCUGCGUCAUCUCGGAUGCACUCUACCUCUCAGCUCUCGGUCUGCAGCUGUGCCUCGCUGGUUCGCGCCCAUUGAUAGAAGCCUUCAACGCUUCCCGUGUAGUGCCCUUGCCGGUCGUGCAGUGAUUUCGUGCCGGCGACACGAGCCCUCGAUCGCUCUGCCGCCGUAAAAUAAGAGGACACCCAAGUGUUUCCGGCUCCAUGAAG